GCACCUUUGGUCACCAAGGUAGUACUCACUGAUCAGUUCCAUCAUCCUCCUUCUUCCAAGCAUCGCUUGCCUGUCUUAGCUAAGUUGCACGCAUGGAUCAGCUGGUGCAGAACAACCAGAGUGGGGGUGGUCACUAUGUCAUGGAAGAGUGCUACCAGCAGGUCGACCUCGAUCAAGCCGUGGACCUGCCGGAGGUCGACGGGAAGUUCUUGACGAAGUUGCUGGAGGACGACACACCACCCUUCGACCCGCUAGACGGUGACGACGUUGAUGGGCUGAGUCGCGUUAUCCGGUCACUUGAGGUCGAGAUCGGUGGCACCACUGAUGGGGCGGCGGCCAUGGUUGACAGCGGGAGCAGGCCCGAAUCAUCGAGCGAGGAUGGUGGUAGGCUCGAGAACAUGUUGCCGGACCUUGAAGGGUACGAAGGUGAGAUGCUUGGGUACUGGUCCGAGGUGCCGUUGGCGGUGCAUGAUGUGGAGAAUUGGUAUGUGUACAUGGAAGGGUGUGAGGGUACCGCUGUAGGAUACGAGCAGGCGAGAGAUCAUCAGUAUUAUUAUGCAGAGGGUUGUGUUGAGCAAGUGUAUAGCCCCUUGUGGGAAUGACUAAAAAAGAGAGAUGUAGAAAUAGUUAGAAAUGAGAAGCCCAGACUCCAAGAUAAUAUCUUUUUUUUCUUGAAGCAGUUGCACAUGGUUUUGUUCUUUGGGAAAAGAAAGCUGCAGAUGGCUUUCUUCAUUUCUCUUUAAGAAAAAUGUAGUUGCUCGUUCUCAUGAUUUAAAUGUUAUUCGUACGUUGUCAUUUC